AUGCCGCGUACAGCUACAAAUAGUCUUAUGGCUUGUACGGGAUAUUCAACUACUCUUACUACUAGUGACCGUCCGACGAGUGCCAAUAAAAGUCCUAGUAGAGGUGAUAAAUACUAUGGAAAACAAUUCUUUGAUGAUAAAAAUUACAAAUCGAUUCUCGAAUGUCUUGAUGGUGGCUAUCAAAUCUUAAAAGAUUUGCUUGAAUAUAUGCAAGAUUAUUGCAAUGUUCUAAAUGAAAAUAUUAAAAGUCUUACUUUAUACUCAAGAAAAUGGACCCUUAAAGUAGAACAACAAUCAUUACUUUCAUCAUAUAAUACAACUAAAAGUGCACAAUUAGAAGUAGUUCGUGCACCUGAACGUCAUGCUGAACUUAUACAAGCUCGUUUUGCGAAGGUUCAAACAAUUAUUAAGAUAUACACUGCAGAAGUAGAAAGAAUGUAUCCACGUGUACUUCUCAGUAUUACUCAUAAACAUUAUCGAACGGAUGCAAUGAGAAACUUAUUCAAAGCUGCUUAUUCAUCAUUAUCUGAUUUAUCAAGUAAACGUGAAAAAUUACGUGAACAAGAAAAACUAAUAGUAGAUACUCUAAGUGAUGAUGAUGCUCAAUAUCAAACAAAACAACAAAAGAAUUUGAAAGACAUUAGAGAAGUGAUUGAACGAACUGAAAGAAAAUAUGAACGAGAAAAAGUACUUUAUCGUGAAAGACUAACAAACAUUUAUGAAGAAUGUCGAGCAUUGGAACAAGAGCGAUUGGAUUUAAUGCGAGAAACUUUAAUCAAAUUCAUUAAAGAAGCAUUUUCAUUUGAAAAUGUAACUCAACAACGUCAAAUCUAUGAAGAUCUCAGUUCAAUGCUGCAAAUUCAACAAAAUUCAUCUCAAGAUCUUGAUUUUUGGGCACAAGCUUAUGGUGUUUUCGAUUCAAGAACAUCUCUAUUAUCUGCAAAUAAACAGAGAGAUAAUAAUGAUUGCAAUAAAAGGACUUCUAAUCAAACAACAAGUCGAAAACCGAAGAAGUCUCAAGAAUGUGAAACUCUCAAUCUCACAACAACAGAAAUACUUGUAAAUAAAUUGAGAAUUGAAGAUGAUGAAGCUGAAGAUGACAAAUGA